CCGCAUCGAGCCUUCCUCGCUUCAGAUUGUGGCCCAGUGCUUGUGGCGGACGCAAUGGCACCGGACGUGUUUUACCCGGCGGCUGGCACGGCGUCCAAGGCGCACUGCUCGUCGAUGCAGCAGUACCGCCAAAUGCACGCGCGCUCGCUCGAACAGCCCGAACAGUUCUGGGGACAGAUCGCCGAGCAGUUCCACUGGGAGGCGCCGACCAAGGGCAAAUUCUUCGAGUUCAACUUCGACAUCCGCAAGGGACCAGUGUUCGUCAGGUGGAUGCACCAGGCCUCCACCAACAUCUGCUACAACCUGCUCGACCUCAACGUCAAAAAGGGACUCGGAGACAAGGUCGCCUUCUAUUGGGAGGGCAACGACCCCGAGGACUACACGCGUGUGACCUACAAGAAGCUGCUGGAGCAGGUGUGCAAGUUCGCCAACGUGCUGAAGAGCCAUGGCGUGGACAAGGGCGACCGCGUGGCCAUCUACAUGCCGAUGGUGCUCGAACUGGUCGUCACCAUGCUCGCGUGCUCCCGCAUCGGCGCCGUCCACUCCAUCGUGUUUGGUGGAUUCUCGGCUGACUCGCUGGCCGAACGGAUGCACGACUGCAGGGCGAAAAUCCUCGUCACCGCCGACGGCGUUUGGCGUGGCGACAAACUCCUCCUUUUGAAGGAAAUCUGCGACACUGCUCUGGAGAAGUGCUCCGGCCUCGGUCACAACGUGGAGCGAUGCGUGGUGGUGUCGCACCUGAGCCGGCUGAGCAACGCCCACUCGCAGAAGGCGCCGGGCCAGAAGAGCGCCGCGCACACCACGCCGUUCACGCCCGGCCGAGACCUCUGGUGGGACGACGAGAUGAAGGCCGCCGCCACCUUCUGCUACCCCACCUGGGUCGACGCUGAGGAUCCGCUUUUCAUGCUUUACACCAGUGGUUCAACGGGCAAACCAAAGGGUGUGUUGCACACGACAGCCGGGUAUUUGCUGUACGCGGCGACGACCUUCAAGUACGUGUUCGACUACCACCCUGGCGAUGUUUACUGGUGCACUGCCGACAUUGGGUGGAUCACGGGACACACCUACGUCGUCUACGGACCCCUCGCCAAUGGAGCCACCUCAGUCAUGUUUGAGGGGACGCCAUUCUACCCCCACAACGGCCGUUACUGGGAGGUAAUCGAGAAGUACAAAGUGAACCUGUUCUACACGGCGCCGACGGCGAUCAGGGCGCUGAUGAAGUUCGGCAACGAGCCUGUCAAAAAGUUCGACAUGCGGUCGUUGCGGGUGCUGGGCUCCGUUGGAGAGCCGAUCAACCCCGAAGCAUGGCUCUGGUACUACCGGCUUGUCGGUCAGAACAAGUGCUCCAUCGUGGACACCUUCUGGCAGACGGAGACGGGUGGACACGUGCUCACACCGCUUCCCGGCUGCACGCCAAUGAAGCCUGGAUCAGCAACUUUCCCUUUCUUCGGGGUGAAGGCCGAGCUGCUUGACGAGGGUGGCAAGGUGAUCGAGGGCCCUGGCGAGGGCUACCUGGUCUUCAGCCGACCCUGGCCCGGCAUCAUGCGCACCCUCUUUGGCAACCACGACAGAUUUGAAAGUACUUACUUCAAGAGAUUCCCCGGAUACUACUGCACAGGCGACGGUGCACGUCGGGACGAGGACGGCUAUUUGUGGGUGACUGGUCGGAUGGACGACAUGCUGAACGUGUCUGGACACUUGCUGAGCACUGCUGAGGUCGAGUCAGCGCUGGUCGAGCAUCCUGACGUUGCCGAGGCCGCCGUCGUGUCGCACCCGCACCCCGUCAAGGGCGAGUGCCUCUACUGCUUCAUCACACCCAACGAGGGCGCACCCUUCACCGCCGCUCUCGUCGCACAACUUAGGAAGAAAGUUCGUGAAAAGAUUGGUCCUUUCGCUUCCCCGGAGGUGGUGCAGCACGCGCCAGGGCUGCCGAAGACCAGGUCGGGCAAGAUCAUGCGGCGGGUGCUGCGCAAGGUGGCGCUGAACGAACGCGACGUCGGCGACAUCUCAACGCUGGCCGACGAGGCCAUCGUCGACAUCCUCUUCAACAACCGGCCCGCCGAGGCCUCGAAAUUGCACAAAGCGUGCUAAAAAAUUAACUGUUAGAAAUAACCCCCGUGGAAAAUUAAAAAAAAAAUUAUAUAAUUUCGGGCGAAACCCGUGUUGCGAAACUUGUUUGCCAUGCAAAUGAUUUCAUUCGAUCGACAUAUAUAUUUUUUCUUCUCAUAAAAUUUUGAACGAACUUGGUUGUGAUAUUCAGAAGCAGGAAUAAGCUAGGGCAGGUGCUCAUAAUUUAUUAUUAAGAAGUCUCGGCUGGCUGAUUGCGUUCCAGUGCACAUAUCAACGCCUGGCAUUGCCAUUUAAAUCGCACACAGGCGUUAGCUAGAAGAAUUAAAGUGUUGAAAUACAUAGUAGCAAGUAAGGUUGAAGUGACGGCCUUCGAUGUGGUGAUAAUAAAAAUCUCUCGUGGCAGCGAAACGCACCAAGUUGUAUCAAGCACUGGUUAAAUGAGUUAGUCGUUAGUUCCAGUCUAAUUUUAAGAUAUAAAAUACCAUAUGACAUUCAAAUUAAUGAUAAAUAAUCCAAGCCAAGUGCACAAUGUUAUACGCAGCACUGUCUAAUCAUCCGUAUAAAUGUCUAAAUAAUGAAUAAUAUUUUUGAUGUCGGACCAAAAUGAAAAAAAAUACGUGUAAAACUGCCAAAAUUGUUCAGAAAGAGGAAUAAAAAUUCAGGAAUCGUGUUAAACAGACACAAA